AUGCACAGCAUUAUGGCUUCACCGAGCGCUGCCAAGGCGCAUCAGGUGCUGCAAGACCGUCCUCAAUACAACCUCCACGUCAAAUUGGCCCGGCGCCGCAAGUCAGUCACCUCUCUGCCUCCUCCCCCCUCCGUCCUCGUACAGUCGACACCAAGCGCAUCACACGGUUUACCGUACACAACAUCAAACUCCACAGACAUGAUCGACCUGGGGCAUCAGCGUUUACGAGAUGACACGAUCUGGGCCAUUGGCCGCGCGCUGAUCAAGGAUGUGGUCUUCACCGUGAUUUCAGCCAUUAGCUACCCGCUGAUCGUGGCUGUACCCUUCGUAGUGGUUCUCCAGCUCAUCGUCAACAACUUGUGGUUUCUGUUGAGAUGUAUUUUCGAACACACCGCCGACGCCCUCAAAUGCUCCACCGAUGCACCAGCGACCUUCACCCGUUCCUCCAUUCGGUACAAGAUCAAGCAUACUUCUUCCUACUUCUACGGUAGCCCGUCGACGCCGCAACGUAUCUCCGCCACCAGCUGUCUCUUGGUCCAAGAGUAUGACCGAUCUCAACGUCACCUUGACAUCCUCCACGUCUGA